GGCAUCGAUGGAUCAACCUGCACUCCUGCCAGAGCCCGGAGCAGCAAUCGACGAGGGGGCUAGCUAGAGCUCUUCAGGUUGCAAAAAAUAAAGCAGCAGCCAUGGCGAUCCGGGGCGUCGCCUCCUCCCGCGAGGACAUGACGCUGGAGGAGUUCAAGGAGUGGCUCAAGCAGUUCGACGCGGACGGCGACGGCCGGAUCAGCCGGAACGAGCUCCGGGAGGCCCUCCGCCGCCGCGGCGGGUGGUUCACCACCUGGCGGAGCGGCCGCGCCCUUCGCCAGGCAGACAAGAACAACAGCGGCUUCCUGGACGACUCCGAGAUCGAGAACCUCGUGGCCUUCGCCCAGAAAGAUCUCGGCAUGAAGGUAUCCACCUGGUAGGAACAACGAAGCAGCGCGGAGCGGCAGACAGCGCUGCAUCAUCCUGCAUCGAUCUGUGACAGAAUCUGGCUACUAUGAACUGAUGAUGAGCCAGCAGCCCAGCACCCAACAAGUGUCUCUGCUAUGAACUGAUGAGAUGCUAUCUUUGUUUUCUCCCCUUAAUUUGUGUGGUGGAUUCUACCAGUUUGAUAUGCCGAUUACAUCUCCUGAAAUUAAAUAAUGGUAUGUGUAAACACCAGAGGAUGGGUGUCAGUUUGUGUGUGUUAACCAGCAUGCAUGAUGCACAGUUGUGGGUGCUUGUGUGCGGCAAUAUCCAGGGGUUUGAUGCUUGUAGACUUGGAGUAGUGCAUAAUAUAUACAAAUUGGGCACUAGGUCCUCUCAGGCCUCCCCCGGGCGACUUGAAAAACGAAUGGUCAUUCAGUCGACGGAAGUCUUCUUCACCGUCUACUGGUUAGCAGGAGUUCGUUCUUUGGGAGAUUCACCGCUGGUCAUGCGCAGUGGAGGAAAGACAGUAGGCCGGCUAUAAGUUAAACAUGGAAAUCGAUAUACUCGUUGGCUUUCUAGCUAUAUACACAUAUAUAUGUUGUCUACUA